AUUCCUAUAAAACGCAGCUCAGCUCAACUCAACUAAUCGAUCAAUGCAGUGUUCGGCAUUUGCAGCGUCUCAGGGAUCUUAACAAGCCAAGUGAAAACUCCGAAGAAACAGUAUAUAACAAUGUCUGAACCCCGAGGGAACUGGUCCAACUGGCUGGAGUUCCUGUUCUCUGUGAUCGGAUGUAUGGUUGGCCUGGGAAAUAUAUGGAGGUUCCCCUACAUCUGCUUUCACAGUGGAGGUGCUGCCUUCCUGAUCCCUUACUUCCUGUCCAUGUUUGUGUGCGGGAUGCCCGCCAUCUUGUUGGAGCUGAUGUACUCUCAGUACUCCAACCUCGGACCCGGAAGAGUGUGGAUUAUCUGCCCUUUGUUUCAAGGCAUAGGUUACGGCAUGGUUGUCCUCACUGCCAUCAUCAGCAUCUAUUACAACGUCAUCCUCGCCUGGACCCUCUACUACCUCGUGGACUCAUUCAGUACAGUCCUUCCUUGGAGCACGUGCGACAACGAGUGGAACACUGACCUUUGCCGUAUCAGGACUGACAAGUCGAAUUCAUCAUACUUGCCUCUACUUGGAAAUGAAACUCUUGUAAAUACUACAUUAUCAGAGCUUGGAACACCCAACAUCCAAAAUCCAAUGUUGGUAAACAUGACCAACCAGACAGUGACACCUUCUGAAGAGUACUGGAGGCACCACGUGCUUCAGAUGUCUUCGGGAAUCGGAGAAAUGGGAAGUAUCCGGUGGCAGCUGCUCCUGUGUUUACUGGGAGCCUGGCUGGCGGUGUUCCUCAGUCUUAUAAAGGGCAUCAAGUCCUCGGGCAAGGUUGUGUACGUAGCAGCCACCGUUCCGUAUCUGAUUCUGAUAGCUCUGCUUGUGCGUGGAUUGUUACUUCCGGGAGCAGUAGAAGGAAUAAAAUUUUAUGCUAUACCACAGUGGACUAAACUACUGGAUGCGAAGGUAUGGCGUAAUGCUGCUUCCCAGGUAUUUUUUUCUGCGGGUAUUGGCUGGGGAGGAAUAGCGACCCUGGCUAGCUACAACAAGUUUCACAAUAAUUGUUACAGAGAUGCUCUGGUGCUCCCUGUGUUGGACUGUCUCACCAGCUGGUUUGCAGGCUUCAUCAUCUUUGUGUUUCUGGGCUUCAUGGCCAACCAAUCCAACCUGCCCAUCUCGGAGGUCGUCAAAGAAGGACCUGGUCUUGCGUUCAUGGCGUAUCCCGAUGCUGUAACGACAAUGCCGUUGCCCCAGUUGUGGGCCUGUCUCUUCUUCCUGAUGCUGUUUACAGUAGGACUUGACAGCCAGUUCGUCCACGUCCAGACGAUCGUCAGCGCCAUCACAGAUGCCUUCCCAAGAUCCCUCGGGCGCCGGAAGCUCCUGGUCACAGCUGGCGUGUGUUUGACUGGGUUUAUUCUAGGGCUGUCGUGCGUUACUCAAGGAGGUAUCUACGUGCUGACGCUACUGGACUGGUACAUCGGGAGCAUAUCAGUGAUGGUGUUGGCGAUGUCGGAAAUGUUGGUUCUAGCGUGGAUAUAUGGUGUAAAUCGCCUGUAUGAUGAUCUGACGAUGAUGAUUGGCUUCCGAGUGUCUCCUGUAUGGAAGCCGAUGUGGCUCGUCGUCACUCCUCUGUUCGUCUUCAUGCUGCUUAUUGCGGGACUUACCAACAUGUCCCCAGUAGCGCUUGGUGGGAAGAGUUACCCUUAUUGGGCACAGGCGAUUGGUUGGUUUAUAGCCACGUGUCCUCUACUGCCAAUCCCGGUGGGCAUGGUGCUUGCCAUUUGGAAGGAGAAAGAUGGCUCGUUGAAAGAGAGGCUGAUCCAAGCAUCAAAACCCAGGAAGGAAUGGCGGCCAGCACUCGAUGUCGAUACUGGACAUGGGAAGAACGAGAUGGACAUGAAGACAAGAGAAAUGCUCCUCAGUGAUGACCAUAGUUACGCGAAGUGAAGGGGACUAUUCAGACAACUGUAGAAUUAUCAGAUGAACUUGUUUCAAGCUGAUUCGUUCGAUCGUUACAAUUUUUUGAAGGUUUGCAUUGUUUACGAAGAGGCCAUAUCAACGCGCCGUCAUGCAAACACAUGCAACUGUAUCAAUUAAGUGAAGAUGACGUCACAAACAAUUUUUAUGACGUCAUUCCUACAAUAGUGUAAAGGAGCUAAUGUCUCAACUUAAUGUUGUGGUAGAUAUCGGUGGGUGGUAGACAUCAGUGAGUGGUUGACAUCAGUAGGUGGUAGAUAUCAGUGGGUGGUAGACAUCAGUGGGUGGUAGACAUCAGUGAGUGGUAGACAUCAGUGGGUGGUAGACAUCGGUGGGUGGUAGAUAUCAGUCUAUGGUAGACAUCAGUGAGUUGUAAAUAUCAGUUAGUGGUAGACAUCGGUGGGUGGUAGACACCAGUGAAUUGUAGACGUGAGUGGUAGAGAUCAGGAAGUAGUAGACAUCAGUGUAUGACAUUAAUGAUUUGUAUACUUCGUUGGGUUGUAGACAUCAGUAAGUUGUAGACAUCGGUGGGUUGUAGACAUCAGUGAUUUGAAGACAUCGGUGGGUUGUAGAUAUCAGUAAGUUGUAGACAGCGGUGGGUUGUAGACAUCAGUGAUUUGUAGACAUCGGUGGGUUGUAGACAUCGGUGGGUUGUAGACAUCAGUGAUUUGUAGACAUUAGUGAUUUGUAGACAUCGGUGGGUUGUAGACAUCAGUGAGAUGUAGACAUCGGUGGGUUGUAGGCAUCGGUGGGUUGUAGACAUAGGUGAGUUGUAGAUAUGAGUCAGUGGUAGACAUCGAUGGGUGGAAGACAUUAGUGUUUGGUAGACACUGGGUUGUAGACAUAAGUUUUUGGUAAACAUUGAUGGGUUGUAAACAUCAGUGUUUGGUAGACAGUGGGUUGUAGACAACAGUGUUUGCUAGACAGUUGGUUGUAGACAGUUGGUUGUAAACAUCAGUUGGUGGUAGACCUUGGGUGGGUGGUAGACAUUAGUGUUUGGUAGACAGUGGGUUGUAGACAUAAGUGUUUGGUAGACAGUUGGUUGUAGACAUCAGGGUUUUGUACACAGUUUGAUGUAGACAUCAGUUGGUGGUAGACCUUGGGUGGUCGGUAGACAUCGGUGUAUAGUAGACAGUAGGUUGUAGAUAUCAGUGUAUGGUAGACAUUAGUGGGUUGUAGAUAUCAGUCUGUGGUAGACAUCAGUGAGGUGUAAAUAUCAGUGAGUGGUAGACAUCGGUGGGUGGUAGACAUCGGUGAGUGGUAGACAUCAGUGAGUGGUAGACAUCAGUGAGUGGUAGACAUCAGUGAGUGGUAGACAUCGGUGAGUGGUAGACAUCAGUGAGUGGUAGACAACAGUGAGUGGUAGACAUCGGUGAGUGGUAGACAUCGGUGGGUGGUAGACAUCAGUGAGUGGUAGACAUUAGUGAGUGGUAGACAUCAGUGAGUGGUAGACAUCAGUGAGUGGUAGACAUCGGUGAGUGGUAGACAUCAGUGAGUGGUAGAUAUCGGUUGGUGCUGGACAUCACUGUCGGUGAGUGCUAGACCUCAGAGAGUGGUAGAUAUCGGUGUAUUGUAGACAGCAGUGGAUGGUAGACAUCGGUGAGUGGUAGACAUCAGUGAGUUUUAGAUACCAUUGGGUGCUAGACAUCGGUGAGUGCUAGACAUCAUUGGGUGCUAGACAUCAUUGGAGGCAAGACAUCGGUGAGUGCUAGACAUCAUUGGGUGCUAGACAUCAUUGGAGGCUAGACAUCGGUGAGUGCCAGACAUCAUUGGGUGCUAGACACCAUUGGGUGCUAGACAUCGGUGAGUGCUUGACAUCAUUGUAUGGGAGACAUCAAUGAGUUGUAAAUAUCAGUUUGUGGUAGACAUCAGUGGGUGGUAGAGAUCAGGUAGUAGUAGACAUCAGUGUAUGGUAGACAUCGGUGUAUGGUAGACAUCAGUGUAUGGUAGACAUCAGUGAGUUGUAAAUAUCAGUUAGUGGUAGACAUCGGUGGGUGGUAGACACCAGUGAAUUGUAGACAUGAGUGAGUGGUAGAGAUCAGGAAGUAGUAGACAUCAGUGUAUGACAUUAAUGAUUUGUAGACUUCGUUGGGUUGUAGACAUCAGUAAGUUGUAGACAUCGGUGGGUUGUAGACAUCAGUGAUUUGAAGACAUCGGUGGGUUGUAGAUAUCAGUAAGUUGUAGACAGCGGUGGGUUGUAGACAUCAGUGAUUUGUAGACAUCGGUGGGUUGUAGACAUCAGUGAUUUGUAGACAUUAGUGAUUUGUAGACAUCGGUGGGUUGUAGACAUCAGUGAGAUGUAGACAUCGGUGGGUUGUAGACAUCGGUGGGUUGUAGACAUAGGUGAGUUGUAGAUAUGAGUCAGUGGUAGACAUCGAUGGGUGGUAGACAUUAGUGUUUGGUAGACACUGGGUUGUAGACAUAAGUUUUUGCUAGACAGUUGGUUGUAGACAGUUGGUUGUAAACAUCAGUUGGUGGUAGACCUUGGGUGGGUGGUAGACAUUAGUGUUUGGUAGACAGUGGGUUGUAGACAUUAGUGUUUGGUAGACAGUUGGUUGUAGACAUCAGGGUUUUGUACACAGUUUGAUGUAGACAUCAGUUGGUGGUAGACCUUGGGUGGUCGGUAGACAUCGGUGUAUAGUAGACUGUAGGUUGUAGAUAUCAGUGUAUGGUAGACAUUAGUGGGUUGUAGAUAUCAGUCUGUGGUAGACAUCAGUGAGGUGUAAAUAUCAGUGAGUGGUAGACAUCGGUGGGUGGUAGACAUCGGUGAGUGGUAGACAUCGGUGAGUGGUAGACAUCAGUGAGUGGUAGACAUCGGUGAGUGGUAGACAUCGGUGGGUAGUAGACAUCAGUGAGUGGUAGACAUUAGUGAGUGGUAGACAUCAGUGAGUGGUAGACAUCAGUGAGUGGUAGACAUCGGUGAGUGGUAGACAUCAGUGAGUGGUAGAUAUCGGUUGGUGCUGGACAUCACUGUCGGUGAGUGCUAGACCUCAGAGAGUGGUAGAUAUCGGUGUAUUGUAGACAGCAGUGGAUGGUAGACAUCGGUGAGUGGUAGACAUCAGUGAGUUUUAGAUACCAUUGGGUGCUAGACAUCGGUGAGUGCUAGACAUCAUUGGGUGCUAGACAUCAUUGGAGGCAAGACAUCGGUGAGUGCUAGACAUCAUUGGGUGCUAGACAUCAUUGGAGGCUAGACAUCGGUGAGUGCCAGACAUCAUUGGGUGCUAGACACCAUUGGGUGCCAGACAUCGGUGAGUGCUUGACAUCAUUGCGUGCUUGACAUCAUUGGAGGCUAGAUAUCGGUGGGUGUUAGACACCAUUGGCUGCUAGACAUCGGUGGGUGCUAGACAUCAUCGGGUGCUAGACAUCAGUGACUCGGAGACAUCGGUGGGUGCUAGACAUCAUUGGGUGCUAGACAUCAGUGACUUGGAGAUAUCGGUGGGUGUUAGACAUCAUUGGGUGCUAGACAUCAGAGGGCGCUUGACAUCGGUGAGCAUCUUGUUAAUUUCUUCCCAGUGAAUAAUAUUCGAUCAUUCGACAAGAUGGUGGAUGCUACUUGACAGUAAUGGAAGAACGAUGUUACCAAGGAUAAAUGUAAUCACGGGGAUGUAAUUUGAACAGUAAUGACGUCAGCCCAUUAUGACGUAUAGUCGGCGCCUUUGAUCUUUCAGCGAAUUGUCUUUUUUAAAGCCCUGUUUAUAUUAAUUAAUUUACACCCUGGGCCAAAUAACGCAUUUACCCACGGGGGCAAAUGUGUUUACCCAACAGAUGUAUGUACCUUAGCGGGUAUUCUAUGCUUAUAACGCAUUUCGAAAUGCACUUCUCUGUAACACCCCUAUUUAUCUUAAAAUAUGAAUACCUCGCUUUGGGUAAUUCGUUCAUGGUAACAUAGUUUAUUUCAGAUUAAAUUUUUCA